AUGAAAUUAGAAGCGAUUCCAGUAAUCGAUUUUUCAUCAUUUACUGAUUCUAACAGCGUUUACGCAGAAUCUGACAGGCAAAAAGUAGCUCGAGAACUUGACAUUGCAUGUAGAGAUGUCGGAUUUUUUUAUCUGAAAGGUCACAAUGUACCACAAGAUAUAUGUGAGCGUGUUUUAAAGUUGGGAUACGAAUUUUUUCAUUUGCCUAAUGAAGAAAAGGACAAAUUAAGUAUUGCCAACGAAGAUUUUGCAAGACUUGGUGAGAAUGUUACAAGAUAUCAAAAAGACUGGCAUGAGGCACUAGAUUAUUAUAAGCCGGUCUCCCCUAAUCAUCCGUUGGUUAUCAAAAAUCUUCCAUUAAGAGGCAAAAACCAAUGGCCAACAAAUCCUUCAGAAUUUCGUAGUGUAUUUGAACAAUAUAUAGAACAUAUGAAUUCAUUGGGUGCUAAAGUUAUGAGUGCUAUUGCCAUUGGCCUAGGAUUGGAACAUGAUCAUUUUGUAAAAUUUAUGGACGAUUCAUUCUGGGUGAUGAGAGUAAUUGGUUAUCCACCUUUGAGUAAUGCGAAUGGUGUGGACCGUGUAAAACAUAGUUGUG